AUGUCACGACGUGCUAUGCCAACGGCUCUAAACGUGUAUGGGGCAACUCCCAGACGCUGAAGAUGACCCGACUACAAAUUCCCGAUACUACCCGGGGAAGCGGCACGCGACACCCUGCCUACCGUGGUGUCCGAAAACGGAGGUGGGGAAAAUGGGUGUCUGAAAUUAGAGAACCACGCAAGAAAUCACGCAUUUGGCUAGGCUCAUUUCCUGUGCCAGAAAUGGCAGCCAAGGCAUAUGAUGUGGCAGCGUAUUGUCUUAAGGGUCGCAAAGCGCAGCUCAAUUUUCCAGAAGAAGCCGGUGACUUGCCUAUACCGUCCACGUGCACGGCCAGGGAUAUUCAAGCAGCAGCAGCAAAGGCUGCACAUUCGGUACUGAUUCCAAUGAAAAAAAGCAGCGAAACAAACAAUGGUGGUGGCAGUGACGGUGAAGUUGCUGGUGAUGAUUUCUGGGGCGAGAUUGAAUUGCCGGAGUUGCUGCUGAGUAAUAGCGGGUACAGUUGGGAUUCUUGUGGAUGGAAUACUACUCUUGCAAGUGAUAAUUCAACGUGGCAGCCGGAUGGAGAGGGUCUACAGCCAUCCAUGGCAUGUCUUUAACGUGCCUGCAUUAAUUCCAGCUUAUUUUCCUCAAAUCGAGAUCGUUUUGGCAUCA